UCUAAAUAUACUUGAGUCUCAGACCUCUCUCUCCUGUCAUGCCAUCCCGAUGCCCAGCGCGUGCGCUUAGUCCACUGCAGCUGACGUCACACCCAGCAUGGCGGUCAAGGUGCAAGCAACAAAAAGAGCCGACCCCCAUGACUUGAAGAAUAUAUUUCUAAAGUAUGCCAGUGUCGUGGACGAUGGAGAGCAUUACAUGACCCCCAGGGACUUUGUACAAAGUUACCUGGGUCUGCAUACACAGCUUCAACAUAAUCCCAAAACUGUGGAGCUGAUAGCCGGAGUGGCCGACACUACUAAAGAUGGACUGAUCUCUUUCCAGGAGUUUCUGGCCUUUGAAUCAGUUCUAUGUGCCCCGGACGCCCUGUUCAUAGUUGCCUUUCAGUUGUUUGACAAGACUGGCACAGGGAACAUCUCAUUUGAGAAUGUACGCGACAUCUUCAGCCAGACCACUGUUCAUCAUCAUAUUCCCUUCAACUGGGACUGUGAGUUCAUCAAGCUACACUUUGGCCAUGAAAGAAACAAGAACCUCAGCUAUACAGAGUUCACCCAGUUUCUGCAGGAGUUGCAGUCAGAGCAUGCCCGCCAGGCGUUUGCACAAAAAGACAAGAACAAAAGUGGCACCAUCACCGCCUUGGACUUCAGCGACAUCAUGGCCACCAUCAGGCACCACAUGCUGACUCCAUUUGUAGAGGAGAACCUGGUUUCAGCUGCAGGAGGCAGCACCUCCCACAUGGUGAGCUUCUCCUACUUCAAUGCCUUCAACGCCCUCCUCAACAACAUGGAGCUGGUCCGCAAGAUUUACAGCACCCUCGUCGGCACGCACAAAGACCUACACGUUACCCAAGAGGAGUUUGUUCACGCUGCAAAUAAGUUUGGUCAAAUCACUCCAAUGGAGAUUAACAUCCUGUACCAGCUCGUUGGUCUCCACUCUCAUUCCGGGCGGCUGAACCAUGCAGACAUCGAGAGGAUAGCCCCGCUGGAGGAAGGAGCGAUGCCAUACCACCAAGCAGAGGCCCCGAGACAGCACGCUCACGAUGCGUCUCGGCCCGUCUGGCUCCAGGCUGCAGAGUCUGCCUACAGGUUUACUCUGGGCUCAAUCGCUGGAGCCACCGGUGCCACGGCCGUGUACCCCAUCGAUCUGGUGAAGACGCGCAUGCAGAACCAGCGCUCCACCGGCUCCUUUGUAGGAGAACUGAUGUACAAGAACAGCUUCGACUGCGCGAAGAAAGUGCUCCGUUACGAGGGCUUCUUCGGAUUCUACAGAGGUCUCCUCCCGCAGCUCAUUGGCGUUGCCCCGGAGAAAGCUAUCAAACUCACGAUGAAUGAUUUUGUCAGAGACAAGUUCACAGGACAAGAUGGCACCAUCCCUCUGCCUGCAGAGAUUCUGGCUGGUGGAUGUGCUGGAGGUUCCCAGGUGAUUUUCACCAAUCCUCUGGAGAUCGUUAAAAUCCGUCUGCAGGUGGCUGGAGAGAUCACCACAGGGCCCAGGGUCAGUGCCCUGAAUGUUGUGAGAGACCUGGGCUUCUUUGGCCUCUACAAGGGAGCCAAAGCUUGCUUCCUGCGUGACAUCCCCUUCUCCGCCAUCUACUUCCCAGUUUAUGCCCACACCAAGAUGAAAUUGGCAGAUGAGGACGGAAGCCUGGGGGCGUUGCAGCUGCUCACUGCUGGAGCUAUUGCAGGUAUACCGGCGGCUUCGUUGGUGACCCCUGCCGAUGUCAUCAAGACCAGGCUCCAGGUGGCGGCCCGAGCAGGCCAGACGACAUACAGCGGAGUCAUCGACUGCUUCAGGAAGAUCCUCAAGGAGGAAGGUUUCAGGGCAUUUUGGAAGGGCACGGGAGCUCGUGUCUGCAGAUCCUCACCGCAAUUUGGUGUAACCCUGGUGACCUAUGAACUGUUGCAGAGAUGGCUCUACAUCGACUUCGGAGGACAUCGCCCUACUGGCUCCAUGCCCACCCCCAAACCCAUGAUCGAGGACCAUCCUUCUGUGACUGCAGACCAUGUAGGCGGCUACCGCCUGGCUGCUGCAACCUUUGCUGGCGUGGAGAGAAAGUUUGGUCUGCACCUGCCCAAAUUUAAGCCUUCUGGAGACGUGACAAUCAAACCAGCGGAGUCCAACACGGAGCCACAGGCUUUGUAAAAACAGCACUUGGUGGUUUUCUUUCAAAAUGAUUUUAUUGAACCAUAUUUCAGUUAAAUUUGAGCGGUUCUCUUACUCUGAAUGCUGCAUGAGUAUGGCUUUUAUUUUUGGCGUUUUUUUCUUUGCAUUGCUUGCACAACUUUACUGUACAUAUUGUACUUCUCUACGGAAAGACAUUAUGGCAUUACGAAGACGAAUGUAACUGCGUUUUUUUUCUGGCGUGCAAUAUAGCUUUGGUGUGCAUGCGAGUUUAGAGUUUAAUUUCAGACACACGAGGAUGUACAGAUGUUUUCAAAGCAAAAUGUGUUCAUUUUGAAAUCACGACCAGGGAACUUGGGAAAUAAUUUAAAUGUAUUUAUUGUAUUUUAUUGAAAUAAAUCAUUCAAACUGUUUCUACCGUGUGAAAAGUACAUUCUCAGUUUUGACACCAGGAUUUGAGAUUCGUCGUCUCCGUCGACAUACAUUACAGAUCUCUGAGGAAAAAAAUAAAAUAAAUCACUGAGCAGUUACAGCAUAUAUGAUCGUCUUCUUAGGCAUUGAGGAUAUUCCAACUAUCACACGUCUUACCAGCUGCUCUGAUUAAGUGAAAACGGAUGCAGUAUAGAAUAUAGAAGUAGAAAGACAUCUGGAUUUUGGACAUUUCAUUAUUUUACAAACGAGUGAAUAUUUGGGUUGUUAGAUCUAAAAAGGAACAGAGAUGACAGUUAUAAGAAGUUUACAUUCCUGGGCGUUUAAAGAUGUGAUUGCUUUUCUACAACUUUGGUGGAAAUGGAGCUCAGCCAUGAGUUUUUUGUGAUAACGUGUGGAGUGGCGCACUUAUUGGAAAAACAAAAUUAAGGCUCGUGUUGACAUGCCGUAAAAUAAAGACAGGAUUUUUACAAUCAAGUUUAAAAUUAAAGUUUAAGGCAUCCGGCUGAAGAAAGGUCGACUGGUUUGUGUUGGCUGUGAAUAUGGCUUCGUGUUAGUGUCUGAGGUUGCUAGCCCUGUCGCUUGUUGUGUUAUUUCCAAGGAAGACUGGUGACAGUCCAGCUAACUGAGAAGGCAGAGUUGUCCGAAUAAGAAGGUGUAACGAAUCAAAAGAUGUGCAGAACUUCUUUCAUCUUUUCCUCCAGUCAUGAUGUCAACACAUCUUUUCCUUCAACAAAAAAAA